AUGGUGAGUGAGUCGUUCGUCCAUGCAUGCGCCGGCGGCGCCGGUGGCCUCGUCGCCAUGACAGCUACGUAUCCACUCAUGGGCAUCUCAACGCGAGCUGCCGUCGACCAGUCCAAGAACCCAGGCGAGUCCCUCGUCAAGGCCAUCACCACUGUCAUGGCAAAGGAAGGCAUCACUGGUCUGUAUGACGGUCUCAGCUCGUCGCUUAUCGGCAUCGGUGUGACCAACUUUGUCUACUACUUCUUCUUCGAGGCCAUGCGCGAGUUUAUCCUCACAUCCAAGCGCAUCACGCGGUCGUCCAAGGCCAAACUCGGCGCUCUCACCACCACCGAAAGCAUUCUGUCCGGUCUCGUGGCUGGUAUCACGACGGCCUUGAUCAGCAAUCCCAUUUGGGUGAUCAAUACGCGCCAAACUGUGCGUGUAUCACAACAAGACACCACGGGCGCCAACAAAGUUGUGGCGCGCAAGUCGUUCUUGCAAACCCUCAACCAUAUCGUCGAGAAGGACGGCGUACGUGCCCUGUGGAAGGGUAUCGGCCCUGCCUUGGUGCUCGUCACCAACCCCGUGCUGCAGUACACGGCUUUCGAGCAGCUCAAGAACUGGCUCGUGAAUAUUCGCUUCGUGUCGCGCGGCAACACACCAGCGGCUGCCAAGCCACUGCUCUCUGACCUCGACUUUUUCUGGCUCGGCGCCCUCAGCAAGCUGAUUGCCACCAGCAUCACGUAUCCACAGAUCGUCAUCAAGUCACGGCAACAGGCCAUGUCCCACGACUCGUCCAGCGACCGCAAAAAAGUCAAUGUCUGGUCGGCCAUGACCGAGGUCGUACAUAACGAAGGCGUCGGCGGUCUGUACCGCGGCAUUUCGUCCAAGCUGCUGCAGUCGAUCCUCACCGCCGCGAUCCUAUUCGCUUCCAAAGAGCGUAUCUACAAAAUGACCAAGGCCGUGCUGGUCCAUGUGUAA